UGUUUUCCCAAUUUACCAACUUUACAGAAACUACAGCCAUGAUCUCUGCACUUGCCUGGGUCCGCAAGGGCGCCGCGGCCGAGCGGCCGACGACAUACGAGAUGACUGAGGACGAGUAUAAGCGCAUCCAGCAGAUCGCAGCCACGGAGAUCUCCGACGCCAAGCAGGAGCUGAAGCAGAAGGCACAGCUCGACGACGAGAUUCUCAAUGAUCCGGCGCUCAAGGACUUUGAUCUGGAGCACUACGACUCAGAGCCGGGAUCUGAGGCUGAGGCUGAGGCUGAGGAGGAGGAGGAGGAGAGCGGGCCCAACGUGUUCAGCAACAUCAAGGGUCUGGCGUACCACAACGAGGGCGAGGAGGACCCGUACAUCACGAUGAAGGACAUGGAUGAGGACGAGCAGGAAGAGGUGCAGGUGUUUGGCACAGACAAUCUGCUGCUGGUGGCCAAGACCGAGGAUGACAUGAGCAACCUGGAGGUGUGUGUGUUUGAGGACGAGAGCGACAAUCUGUUUGUGCACCACGACUUUAUGCUGCCGGCGUUCCCACUGUGCCUCGAGUGGCUUGACUACCGCGUGGGCCGCACCGCCGGCCAGCAGACACCCGGCAGCUACGUCGCCGUGGGUACGUUUGAGCCGCGAAUUGAGAUCUGGGACCUGGACACCCUCGACAGCAUGUAUCCGGAUCUGGUCCUCGGCUCCACCGACAAGCGGCAGCUGCGCAAGCUCAAGGGCAAGCCGCAUGCCGAAUUCCACACCGACGCCGUCAUGGAUCUGUCGUGGAACCACAAGCGUGCGCAAUCUGCUCGCCAGUUCCUCCGCCGACACCACCGUCAAGCUGUGGGACCUAAACACUGCCAAGUGCGCCCAGUCGUACAGCCACCACACCGACAAGGUGCAGGCAGUCAAGUGGCACCCCACCGAGGCAUCGGUCAUGCUCACUGGUGGCUACGACCAGAAGGUCGCUGCCUUCGACUCGCGCGCCCCCGAUUCCAUCACGUGGUGGAGCACCGGCUCCGAUGUCGAGAGCCUUAUGUGGGAUAUCCACAGCCCCAGCCACUUCUACCCCGACAGCGCCGUCUUCAUUCUGGCCGCUCACGACGAGGCCUGUGUCUGCCAUGGACCAGCAUCCCGUCAGUGCCCAAUGUCCUGGUCACUGGCUCGGUUGACCAGUCCAUCAAGGUGUGGUCCACAAAGGACAACAAGCCCAGCAUGGUGCUUAGCCGCAACCUGGAUGUUGGCAGCGUGUUUGCCGCCAAGUUCUGUCCUGACUCGACCAUGCAGCUGGCCGUUGGUGGGUCGCAGGGCGAGUACCGCAUCUGGGACAUGUCCACGAAUGCCGGUGUCCGGGCCACCUUUGGCGAUGCCUCGGUGCAGGCAUCUGCUGUCGUCGAGAAGCCCCUGGUUGGCGUGCAGAACGACGACGAGGAGGGAGAUGACGAUGACGAUGACAACAACCAGGAGGCUGUGCUGCGGGAAAUGCAUGCCGACAUCAACAGCGAUGAUGACGAUGAGGAUGACGAGGAAAUGGCCUCGGAUGACGAGUAAACACAGACAUCUAUCUUCAAAUAUACUCUUUUGUCCAGAAA